UUUCUCUGACCAAUUCUAUGUAGGCCUAUGUACCAUUUAGUGUGAAACCAAACAGUAAAAAUCAUGGAUGCAUUCAUGAAAAACCAAACUUUACCGAGAUAUUUGCACACGAUGCUUCAAAUAUUACUGCUUUUUUUCGCGAUAUUUCCAAAAGAUUACAAGUUACACAGCUCCGUAUACUAUAGCGUGCAAAUAAUCAUCGUUGGAGGAGCACUCGUCGGAAGUUCAAUACCUCUAUACAUGGCUACUGAGAGCGUGGUGAAAUUAGAAAUAUUUGCGACAAUAAUUCCUCAGCUGGCCGAUCUACUUAUAUUCACGUAUUUCUCGUACAAAGAAAAAGAACUCUUGAAAUUGAUACAUAGUCUAGCAUCGAAAAAUUCCAAUAACGAGUUGGAACGCACGAAUAGAUUUCUUAGAGCCAAUUUUGUCACGUAUUUUAUACUUCAUACAGCAUGGGCGAGUCUUUUCAUCGUGCAUACUUUGAUUUAUUUACUAUCAGGACACGAGUUUUCUCACAAGUAUUCUAUAAUGAUUCCAUUUUGGCUAUCGUGUGACGUGAGACCGGAUAACCGUCUAUGCUGGAAGACGGAUUCGAGUUGGGAAUUAUGGUUGGCCAAUAUAUUUACCACGAUUGCGGUGGGUUUUGAAUAUGCGUCAUAUUGCACUGCCUGUAUACUUUAUUCCGUUUUCAUGGCUAACGUAUGGAUACACUUGCAAACACUAAGAACUUCCAUUAGAUCGAUGGCUUCGCGAAUGAAAUCUCAAUGUAGAAUAAAUUUUAUGAAAUUCGGAAAAGUUGAAGAAUACGAUGAUGCUGUCAUGGAAGAGUUUUACGAAAAUAUUAAAAACCAGCAGAUGAUACGCGGGUACUGCAAUGAAAUAAUUGAAGUGAUGCGAGGAUACGUAUCAAUAUUUUUGGCUGAAUUUUGGGGAACGUUGGUUUUUUUGGGUUUUACAUCCAUAAUGGAGGUGAAAAAUGACCGUUUGCUUGUGAUAAAAACUGCAAUAAUUUCAGUUUCAGGAGCUAUAGGAUUCGUUGUACACUGCGUAUAUGCCCAAAUGAUGACAGAUUUGAAUGAAAUGAUACUCCAUGAAAUGGCAGAUAUUCCGUGGUACGAGCAAGGAAUACGAUUCAGAAAAAAUUACCUAAUGUGUUUAACUCAUAAUCAAAAAUCCAUCCAAGUGACAGCUGGUGGAAUGUUUACAUUCAAUUACGGAUUUUCUAUGAAUUGUUUGAAAACAAUGUACUCUUUUUUGAACAUGAUGUUGUUACAUUAUAAACGAAAAGGAUCGUUAUAAUGCCCAUUGCUUUUUCUCAAAUACUCAAGCAUGUACAUAUUUUUGAACAAUUCACGAAUAAAAAAUCACGC